AUGGCUGUCAGGCACUCCUUGGUCCUCCUCCUGCUUCUCGGACUUUGCUGCACUGACCUAACCUGGGCCAAAGAGGGCAAGUCUGCCAAGAAGGGCAAGAAGGGCAAGAAGGUGGUGUGUCCCGCUCAGCUGUCUCCUGAGGACAUGGCCCACGUUCCAGCCAACUCCACCUCCAACAUCCUUAACCGCCUGAUGGUGACCUACGACCCCAGGAUCAGGCCCAACUUCCAGGGAAUCCCAGUGGAAUCCAAAGUCAAUAUCUUCAUCAACAGUUUUGGCUCUAUCCAGGAGACCACCAUGGACUACCGUGUGAACAUCUUUCUGCGUCAGCGCUGGAAUGACCCGCGCCUCCGCCUGCCCACGGACUUCAAGAGCGACGCCCUCACCGUGGACCCCAAGAUGUUCCAGUGUCUGUGGAAACCAGACCUGUUCUUCGCCAACGAGAAGAACGCCAACUUCCACGACGUCACCCAGGACAACAUCCUGCUCUUCAUCUUCAGGAACGGAGACGUGCUCAUCAGUAUGAGGCUCUCAGUGACCCUGUCCUGUCCCCUGGACCUCACCCUCUUCCCUAUGGACACACAGUUCUGCAAGAUGCAACUGGAGAGCUUCGGAUACACCACUCGGGAGCUGGUGUUCAUGUGGCAGUCAGACCCGGUGCAGAUGGAUGAGAUCUCCCUGCCCCAGUUCGACAUCCGCCAAGAGGACAUCAAGUACGGCAACUGCACCAAGUACUACCAGGGCACAGGACAUUACACGUGUGUGGAGGUGAUCUUCACUCUGCGUCGGCAGGUGGGCUUCUACAUGAUGGGUGUGUACGCUCCCACUCUGCUCACCGUGGUCCUGUCCUGGCUCUCCUUCUGGAUUAACCCGGAUGCCUCGGCUGCUCGAGUGCCCCUGGGUAUCCUCUCCGUGCUGUCCCUGUCCAGUGAGAGCAUGUCUCUGGCCUCACAGCUGCCCAAAGUGUCCUACGUCAAGGCCCUGGACAUCUGGCUCAUCACCUGCCUCAUGUUCGGCUUCCUGUCCCUGGUGGAGUUCGCCGUGGUGCAGGUCAUUCUGAACAGUCCCAAGCUCAUUGAAGAGGAGAAGGCCAAAAUGGCGACCAAAGAAAAGGCUCUGAAAGAAAAAGAGGGAAAGAAAAACAGCAAGAACACGGUGAACGGGACUGGAGGAACGCCCAUCCACGUCAACACACUGCAGGUGGCGGAGAAGCCGUGUAAGAAAGUGUGUACGUCCAAGUCUGACCUGCGCUCCAACGACUUCAGCAUCGUGGGCUCUUUACCGCGCGACUUUGAGCUCUCCAACUUUGACUGUUAUGGCAAACCCAUCGAAGUGGCAGGAGGCCUCAAGGCCCAGAAGAAAGCCAAUAAGAAACCAGCCCCACCCAAACCGGUCAUCCCCGCAGCAGCAAAACGCAUCGACCUGUAUGCACGCGCCCUCUUCCCCUUCUCCUUCCUCUUCUUCAACGUGGUCUACUGGUCCAUCUAUCUAUGA